CAGUACUAUAAAAACAAUGUGAGUUCGUGACAAUUUCAUUAGUUCAAAUCAUACAAACAAGAAAGGUGGUAAGAAUAGACUGGUUAGGAGAAUGGGAAAAAAGAUUGAAUUAUCUGAUAAUGUCAAGCUUCUUUUGGCUUUGCUUGUUCUUCAACUCUGCUUUUCAGGAUUUCACAUUGUCUCAAGAGUUGCACUCAACAUUGGUGUCAGCAAGGUUGUUUACCCUGUUUAUAGGAACAUCAUUGCCUUGCUUUUAUUGGGCCCCACUGCUUAUUUCUUAGAGAAAAAUGAAAGACCACCACUUACUAUCCCUUUGUUAGUUCAGUUUUUUCUUCUUGCAUUGAUUGGAAUCACUGCAAAUCAAGGUUUUUAUCUCUUGGGACUGUACUAUGCAUCUCCAACUUUUGCUUCAGCAAUGCAAAACUCAGUUCCUGCAAUCACUUUUGUUAUGGCUUCAGCUGUAAGAAUCGAGAAAAUUAAUAUCGCAAGGAGAGAUGGUUUGGCCAAAAUUUUAGGAACCGUUGCAAGUAUAGGAGGUGCCACUGUUAUAACUCUUUACAAAGGCCCUCCUCUUUUGCAUCAGGCAGAGAAUAUACAUCGCAAUACAUCAGCAGUGGAGAUUCCAAAAAACACACAGAACUGGACAUGGGGCUGUAUAUACUUGCUUGGACAUUGCUUAUCUUGGGCAGGUUGGAUGGUCUUUCAGGCUCCUGUGCUUAAGAAGUAUCCUGCGAAACUCUCACUUACAUCUUUCACGUGCUUCUUCGGAUUGAUCCAGUUCAUGAUCAUAGCAGCUUUUGUAGAAACAGACUUAGAGCAUUGGAAAAUUCAAUCGGCUGAAGAAGUGCUUACAAUUUUAUAUGCUGGGAUUAUAUCUUCAGCUGUAGUUAUAGCCCUUCAGACAUGGUGUAUCCAGAAAGGUGGCCCUGUAUUUGUUGCUGUGUUCCAGCCUCUGCAGACGCUUUUAGUGGCUAUUAUGGCAGCUCUAAUUCUCAAGGAUCAGUUAUAUGCUGGGGGGAUUAUUGGUGCAACUCUCAUCAUGCUAGGUCUCUACUCAGUUCUGUGGGGUAAAAGUAGAGAAAGGAAAGUGGAAAACCAAAAGGAAGCAUUAACAGAGCCUCUUAUUGAUCCAGAAAGUAGAGAAAAAGAUGGGGCAAAUGUCUCUGAUAUACCUUGAUAAAAUUGCUACUCUAGUGUCAAGAUAGUUAGCUGGUUUGAGAUGAGCCCAACAUCUCCACUCCACAUGUAAAUUCUAUGGGACCUUUUUUUUUAAUUAUUUUUUUUUUUCAUUUUCUUGUUAUAAAAGUCGUUGAAUAAUUCAAAUGUAAAAACACCUGUCCAACAAAGUGUAUUUGACAGACCCACUUCAACGACAAGUAGAUCAUGAGCCCUGAUUUCGGCACAGGCCAUUAAACAUGCUGUAAUCAUUUAAAAUGAAGCUUCAUGUUCAUGAAUUUAUAUUAAGGUAUGUAUCAAACAACACUUUUGAAAAGUUUCCAUAUGAGACUAUUGGCCAUUUUCAAACUUGUAUUUGCUCAAAUAUGAAACAUUAUUCUAGUCCAACAUGAUUCGAGCAUCUCAAUACAUAAGAACGCAUAAUCA